AUGUUGCGAUGCCUGGCGACUUGUUCUCGGUCCACCUUAAAGACCAGGCCGUUCAUUACCAAUGGGCCCACAACUUCAGCACGCAUUUAUACAACACGCUUCCAUAAACAACUUCCUCGUCACUCUAAUCUAUUACCAAGAUCAACAUUGGGCGAUCGUCUCGCUCUUUAUUCCACCAAACCACCUACCUCCUCCUCCUCUUCCAAUGCUGUCAAAAACACGGCAACUCCCAAGUUGAAUGGGUCCAAUAUCGAAGCUGUUGCUAGUCAAAGCAAGCAGCAGGCAGCAGCUAACGACACCAAAGAUAUCAAGCGUCUGUUUCAACUAGCUAAACCCGAGAUAAAAAGCAUCACAGCUGCCAUUGGUUUAUUGCUGAUAUCUUCAUCCGUUACUAUGUCGGUUCCAUUUUCCAUGGGCAAGAUUAUUGAUAUUGUCACGCAUCCUGACAUGGAAGGGUAUCUUGGCUUGUCUAUGCCUCAGUUUAUGGGUGUCCUUUCGGCAGUUUUCGCAGUGGGUGCUAUAGCAAACAGUGGCCGAGUAUUGCUCUUUCGACUGGCUGGUGAAAGGAUCAUCCAACGGUUACGUAAUGACUUGUACAAGAACAUCCUCAGGCAAGACAUGGCAUUCUUUGACAAGAACAGGACCGGUGAGUUGAUUUCCCGAUUGUCCGUCGACACAGCCAUUGUCGGCAAAAGUAUCACCGGUAACGUGAGUGAUGGUUUAAGAGCUCUUGCCACGGCCGUGGUUGGUAGUAGCAUGAUGUUUUGGGUUAGUCCUAAGCUUACAGCGGUCAUGAUGGUUGUCGUUCCACCUGUCAGCAUCUUUGGUAUCUUGUAUGGCCGUUAUGUCAAGAAUCUUUCCCGCAAAACCCAGACAGCAUUGAGCGAGAUUACCAAGCUUGGAGAAGAACGCAUUAGCAGCAUCCGUACCGUUCAAGCAUUUGCCAAGGAAAAGGAAGAGGGAAAUCGAUAUUGGAACCGGGUGAUGGGUGUUUACGACCUUGCAAGGAAGGAAGCUAUUGCUAGCGCUGUGUUCUUUGGUGGUGCUGGUCUUUCAGGAAACCUUGCUAUUCUCGCUGUAUUAUGGUAUGGUGGACACAUGGUGAUGGAGAAUGCAAUCACUAUUGGUGAACUUGCGUCGUUCAUGUUGUACACAGCGUAUGUGGGCACAUCCUUGGGAGGUUUGACAUCCUUUUACUCGGAAAUCAUGAAAGGAGCUGGUGCUGCUGAGCGUUUAUUCGAUCUCAUGAACCAACAAAGCCCCAUCAAGAUGAAUUCCGGCGAGAUUCUUAGCAACCUUCAGGGCAAGAUUCAAUUUGAAAAUGUAUGCUUCUCCUACCCAAGUCGACCCCAUUCACCGAUCUUCAAUAAUCUCUCACUCGAUAUUCGUCCUGGCACAGUGGUUGCUAUUGUUGGUUCUUCUGGUUCGGGUAAAUCCACUAUUGGUUCGAUGCUCCUCAGAUACUACGAUCCAAACCACGGCAACAUUUACAUUGAUGACACCAACCUCAAGGAUAUCAACUUGACAUGGUGGCGAGAGAAUGUCGGUGUCGUAUCGCAAGAACCUACGCUGUUUGCAGGCACUAUCCGUGACAACAUUGCCUAUGGUCGUGAAAAUGCUACUAUGGAUGAGAUUCGGGAAGCGGCGACCAGGGCCAAUUGUGCUUCAUUUAUUGAAUCAUUCCAUGAUCAGUAUGAUACCUUGGUCGGUGAACGAGGCGUGAGUUUGAGUGGUGGCCAAAAACAACGUAUUGCCAUUGCACGUGCCUUGCUAAAGAACCCGUCGAUUCUCGUUUUGGAUGAAGCUACCAGUGCAUUGGAUUCAGAAUCUGAAGCGCUUGUACAAGAUGCGUUGAACCACUUGAUGCAAGGAAGGACUUGUUUGACGAUAGCUCACAGAUUAUCUACAAUAAGAUCAGCUGAUGUGGUCAUGUGCCUUGACAAAGGUGGUGUCGCUGAGAUGGGUACAUAUUAUGAUCUCGUCAACAAGAAGGAUGGCGUUUUCCGUAGACUGGUGGAAUUGCAAUCACUUGGUGGUGCUUCUUCUCAACGAAGCUCGAGCAGCAGUAACAAUGGCCAUAGUGGCGAUGAUCAUCAAGAACAUCAUCAUCAAUAG